AUGCACCGGAGAUUCGAUCGUGUAAUUUGGCGGCUUUGGAAAACUAGUAAAAUUAGUCCACUAUGGCUCCGCCUCGAUACCGUUGAAAACUGGAGAAUAAAUAUGAGUGGUGGUUGUGACGGCAGUGGUGGUGGUGACGGGCGGUGGGGGCUUUUUGGUUUUUUCAAUGGUGGUGGCUGGUGGUUGGUGAUGGCAGUGGUGGUGGCAAUGGUGGUGAUCGGUGGUGGCUGGUGGUUGGAGAUGGCAGUGGUGGUGGUAAUGGUGGUGACCGGCGGUGAAUCCACUGUGUUUUUCUACAAAAUGUGGACUGUACAUCAUAAUGUUUAUUCUGAGGACCCUUACGCUAAAGAGUUUGGAAUUAAAAUCAGCCAGAAGCUGGCUCAAGUUGAGGCUCGCAUUCUGCCUGCUCCCGGGCUUAGAUAUCAUGAUUCUAGUCGGGACAGGGACUGUUUGCCGCUAGUUGGGCAGAGGAACAUGAUGAACAAGCUUAGAUAUCAUGAUUCUAGUCGGGAUAGGGACUGUUUGCCACAAGUUGGGCAGUGGAACAUGAUGAACAGGCUGCAAAAAGAUGCAAUUGCUCGUUACUAUGGCCUCGAGAAAGGGCAGGUUGUGAAGGUCAUGUACAGUGGUGAACUUACCCAAUUGCAUACCAGUUAUCGCUGUGUUUGGUGA